CCCGGGCCCCUGCUCCCAAAAAGAGUUCCUUCACGGUGUUGACUUUAUCGCCGGAGCGCAUGAAGCGCACCAAAACGACACGGAGCUCAUCCUCUCACACCCGGUGACAGACAAAAGACAUGCAGUGGUGACCCACGCUCGGCUGGGUCGCACACUGUAGUUUGUUAAAAAAAAAAAAAUCUUUAAGGAAAAGAGAUUUUUUUUUUUCUUCUCUCUUCUCCACAAUGACGGCUAAAACUUUGGAGAAAGUGCCGGUGAAUCUCGGGGGGUUCGUGCAUCCAGAGAGCGCGUACUCCGUGGAUGACAUCGGCUCCAGUUUACCCACCUCUGUGGCUAUCUUCCCAAACACCGACUUCGGAGCACAUUACGAUCAGAUGAACGUGACAGAUGGUUUGAUGAGUGCAGACAUGAGCGUAGAGAAGCGCUCCCUGGACCUCUCCUCCUACUCCGGCGGCUUCUCUCAGUCCGCAUCCCACCGCAACCAGACCUUCACCUACAUGGGAAAGUUCUCCAUCGACUCCCAGUAUCCAAGUAACUGGAACCCCGAGGGGGUGAUCAACAUCGUCUCGGGCAUCUUCAACGUGGCCCAACCGCCUCCUCCUCCUCCUCCCUCCUCUUCAGCGUCCUCCUCCCCGGCUUCCUCAGGAUCUCCCAAUCACUUUGACAAUUUGAGUUGCACCAUGGCGGCUCAGAGCCAGGCAGAGAUAGACCACCACCACCACCACCUGUACUCCCCUCCGCCUCCGUACUCCUCCUCUGGCUGCGGGGAGAUGUACCAGGACCCCUCUGCGUUUUUGUCCACCUCCACCUGCCCCAUCGCCUCUUACCCACCGCCCUCUUACUCUUCACCCAAGCAGCCCGGUGGCGCAGACGCGCCGGGGCUCUUCCCCAUCAUCCCCGACUACUCGGGCUUCUUCCAGCCUGCCUGCCAGCGGGACAUGCACACGGCAGGCAUCCAAGAUCGAAAACCGUUCGGUGCAUGUCCACUCGAUACAUUCCGCGUCCCUCCACCCCUGACCCCGCUGAACACUAUCAGGAACUUUACGCUGGGCGGUCCGGGUAGUGGCGGCUCUGAGGGAGGUCCGCCGAGGCUCCCUUCUGCCUACAGCCCUCAGAACCUGCCCCUAAGGCCGAUCCUGAGGCCCAGAAAGUACCCGAACAGACCCAGCAAGACACCUAUCCACGAGCGGCCGUACCCCUGUCCGGCGGAGGGCUGCGACCGGCGGUUCUCCCGCUCCGACGAAUUGACCAGACACAUCCGGAUCCACACGGGACACAAGCCGUUCCAGUGCCGCAUCUGCAUGCGCAACUUCAGCCGCAGCGACCACCUCACCACACACAUCCGCACGCACACGGGAGAGAAGCCGUUCGCGUGUGACUUCUGCGGCCGCAAAUUCGCCCGGAGCGACGAGAGGAAGAGACACACUAAGAUCCACCUGAGGCAGAAGGAGAGGAAGUCCUCCACUGUCUCCUCCUCGUCCUCCUCCUCGUCCAGCAGCUCCGGGGUGGACCGACCAGGCGCCAUCAGCGCAACCAGCGGGAUUUGUUCCUAGUUUUUUUUCCUGGAAGACGUUGUUGUCACCAUGGCAGCGUGACGUACACUAACCUCUUAAAGAAAUGAACUAUUGCAAAUGAUUCUAAAAACUGUUGUGAACUAAAGAUAGCAGCCUAAACACCAGGAUGGAAACGAACAAGGACUUUUGUGCAGUCGUGCGCAAUUACGCACAUCCACCAAUUCCUGCUCCAGAGACUGACACGAAUGCACUUUGCCUGUAAAGUCUACUGAACAUAAAAGUAAAUAUAGCCAUUCAUUCGUAAGAAUAUAGAAGGGCGGUUGUAAUAUAAAGGGGAUUUUGUUUUUAUAUCGCCAACAUGUUUUGCGCGAACAGUCUGCGCGAUCAAAUGUGAAAUAACUGCAAUAACGUUUUGAAGCAAGAAAACAGUUUUAAAUUAUUGAAUUGACAAAAGUGUUCAUUCUAACAUAGUUGUUGAUGACUGUAUCUCCCCUUUAGUGCCUUGCUGUGUGUCUUUUUGUACACUGACGGAUUCAAGGACGCUUCUAAUGCAAUGUAUAUUUGUCCUUUAAAAUGUAAAGUUGGAUUCUAUUUUUGUACACAUUUCGUCUCGUCUAACUUCAAGUGUUAAGCAGUUGUGGUCCAUGUGUGAAACAAUGUUGGAGUGUAAAUAUGUUGAAUUCAUACCUACUUGACAUUUUUGUUGUGGUGUGUCUUUUGAGACUUAUUAAAUAUAUGGGAAUGAUAAACACA